AUGAAUCUCGACAUAAGCACGCAUGCAAAAGAGAGCGCGGCCCGACUGGGGCAUUUUUGCCAAAAAAGAACGAGGAGCCAAAACCUAAGAAAAAAGUGAAAUAUAGUAUACUGGUAAAAAUGAAUGGAUUUAUAAUAAUAAAUAAAUAGAAAAAUACGUUAUUUUAUUGAUUUAGUAUAGAUACUCAGCAGCUUGUGUUUUAUAUGGGAUGCCUCCUGAUGACUAAUAAGAAUAAUUGAUUUAAUUUAAACUUUUAUCAUAGAAUUUUCCAUCAUUUAGAAAUUAGACUAGAAAGUAAAAUUAAUUUUCUAUAUAGCUCAAUCAAUCCUGUUGAAUUUUUCAUAAUUUUACCACAAAUAAAUUAUACCUAUUUAUAGAGAAAAUGCCAUUCCUACUGGCUGCAUUAUCCUAUAUUUAUAUAGUAAAUAGUAGUAAAACGAAUAGCCAGCUGGGAUUUUUCAUUGUAUAUAGGUAUAA